UGCUUUACGUGUGACAUGAGAUAUAAGAAGCAGAACUCACCAUCAGGAGUCACACGACAAGGCACCAUGUUGAAGGUACUCGUAGCUGCUGCCCUUGUGGCUCUUGUCGCAGCCGACGGCAUUCCAGAUUUCGUAGCUCCUGGAAAUUGUGCCAGAGUGGCAAAUCAAGAAAACUUCGACCUUCGUAGAUAUGCUGGUCGCUGGUAUCAGGUGAAGAUCAUUGACAUCCCCUACCAACCAUACACUCGCUGCAUCCACUCCAACUACGAUUACUCUGACUCUGAUCACGGCUUUAGGGUGACCACAGCAGGAUUGACCCCCAACAACGAGUAUCGCAGACUGGUGGGCAAGAUCUACCCUACAAACGACUUCCCAAAAGCUCACAUGCUCAUUGAUUUCCCUUCUGCUUUCGCCGCUCCCUAUGAAGUGAUCGAAACUGACUACGAUAGCUAUUCCUGCGUGUAUUCCUGCAUUGACACAGACAGGUACAAGUCCGAGUUCGGCUUCGUGUUUUCCCGUACUCCACAGAAUGCCGGUUCAGCGAUUGACAGGUGUGCCUCCGUAUUCCGCAGGAACGGCGUCGACUUCUCAUCUUUCAAUGUAGUUCCUCAUUCAUCCGAAUGUGUUUACAGGGCAUAGACAUAUACCAAUGAUUUGCACAAUAAUAAGAUACAAAUGUGA